AUGUCUGCAGGAGAACCUAUCAAAUGUAUUGCUGCCGUUGCGUACGAAGCCGGAAAGCCACUCACCGUGGAGGAAAUCACAGUUGAUCCACCCAAGGCUCACGAAGUCCGUGUCAAAAUUGAAUACUCCGCUGUUUGCCAUACUGAUGCGUACACUUUGAGCGGAGUGGACCCUGAGGGCGCAUUCCCAUCGAUUUUGGGCCAUGAGGGUGCCGGGAUUGUCGAGUCUGUGGGCGAAGGAGUCACCAACGUCAAGCCGGGCGACCACGUUAUUGCACUCUACACUGCUGAAUGCAAAGAGUGCAAGUUCUGCACCUCCAACAAGACCAACCUGUGUAGCUCAGUGCGUGCCACUCAGGGCAAAGGUGUGAUGCCUGAUGGCACUUCAAGAUUUCACAAUUCCAAGGGCGAACCACUGCUACACUUCAUGGGAUGCUCCACUUUCUCGCAAUACACAGUCUUGGCCGACGUUUCUGUUGUGGCUAUCGAUCCUGAAGCACCUCUUGAAAAGGUUUGUUUGCUAGGGUGUGGUGUAACUACAGGAUACGGGGCUGCCAUCAAGACCGCGAAUGUCCAGAAGGGUGACACCGUUGCCGUUUUUGGUGCCGGAACUGUAGGCCUUUCCGUCGUCCAGGGUGCCAAGGUCAGAGGAUGCUCUAAAAUUAUCGUUGUUGAUCUUAACGACCAGAAAAAGGACUGGGCUAUCGAAUUCGGUGCUACGGAGUUCAUAAACCCUACAAAAGAUCUAAAAGAUGGGCAAACAAUAGUGGAAAAACUUGUUGAAAUCACCGAUGGCGGUCUCGAUUUCACAUUUGAUUGCACUGGUAACACUCAAGUUAUGAGAGAUGCUCUAGAGGCCUGUCACAAGGGCUGGGGUCAAUCCAUCAUUAUCGGUGUCGCAGCAGCUGGUAAGGAGAUAUCGACGAGACCCUUCCAGCUUGUCACAGGAAGAGUGUGGAAAGGUUCAGCAUUUGGUGGAAUAAAGGGAAGAUCUGAGAUGGAUGGCCUUAUUUCGGACUACCUUGAUGGUAAGCUCAAGGUUGACGAAUUCAUCACACACAAGAGAGGGUUCAGUGACAUUAACGCGGCAUUUGAAGAUCUGCAUCACGGGGACUGCUUAAGAACCGUUCUCAACUUGUCUAAAUAG